AUGGAGACUCUUACGUUUCAGUUUUUCGCAACUGCUCGAGAUAACGAAACAGAUUUCUGUUAUCCGUUUGGGUUAGCUGUCGACAGGAAUGAUAACAUCUUUAUAGCAGACGCGGGAAAUGGACGAGUUCAGGUGUACCACCAAUCUGGAUACUAUCUCAGAACUAUAGUUACUGAGGAGCUUAAAAAAGAAAUAAGGUUAUUUUCUCAGAGCGGUAGAGAUAAGGGCGAAUUGUUCUGUCCUCGUGACGUGGCCGUCACUGAGUUGGGUAAAGUUUAUGUAGCUGACAGCGGCAACCAUCGUGUGCAGGUGUUUAACUCCAGCGGACAGUUCGUACAAAUAAUAGGUCGUCAAGGUAUCUCUGCUGCGUUGCUAGGCAACCAGGGUUCUGGACAGGGCGUUUUCCACACUCCUUGUGGAGUUGCUCUUUCAACAGAUGAGGAUUACAUAAUAGUUGCAGACCGUGGAAAUCACAGAGUUCAAGUUUUCACUGCUGAGGGAAACUUUUCUCACAUGUUUGGAUCAAACGGAAAUUUGCCAGGUCAGAUGGACGAGCCGUGGGGGAUAGCAGUAACAGCAGACGACUUCAUAGUUGUAGCAGAUAACCGCAACAACCGGUUACAAGUCUUCACUUUGGACGGUGACUUUGUAAGAGUGAUAGAAGGAGAGGGAGACUACAUGUUAAACGGGCCCUCAGGUGUGGCAGUGAGCAGUGACGGUAGUUACAUUGCCACCAGUGACACCGGCAACAACCGUGUGGUCGUCUUCACUCUGAUGGGACUGUACGUGGAUAGCCACGCGGGGAGUAUUACCUUGCCACGUGGUGUUGUUAUUGACAGUAUGAGUAGGGUUAUAGUGGCUGAUACUGCAAACUCUCAUAUUCAAUGUCUCUACUGGAAAGCUUAGUGUGGAGUACUGCUAACUCUCAUAUUCAGUGUCUCUACUGGAAAGCUUAGUGUGGAGUACUGAUAACUCUCAUAUUCAGUGUCUCUACUGGAAAGCUUAGUGUGGAGUACUGCUAACUUUCAUAUUCAGUGUCUCUACUGGAAAGCUUAGUGUGGAGUACUGCUAACUCUCAUAUUCAGUGUCUCUACUGGAAAGCUUAGUGUGGAGUACUGCUAACUCUCAUAUUCAGUGUCUCUACUGGAAAGCUUAGUGUGGAGUACUGAUAACUCUCAUAUUCAGUGUCUCUACUGGAAAGCUUAGUGUGGAGUACUGCUAACUCUCAUAUUCAGUGUCUCUACUGGAAAGCUUAGUGUGGAGUACUGAUAACUCUCAUAUUCAGUGUCUCUACUGGAAAGCUUAGUGUGGAGUACCGCUAACUCUCAUAUUCAGUGUCUCUACUGGAAAGCUUAGUGUGGAGUACCGCUAACUCUCAUAUUCAGUGUCUCUACUGGAAAGCUUAGUGUGGAGUACUGAUAACUCUCAUAUUCAGUGUCUCUACUGGAAAGCUUAGUGUGGAGUACCGCUAACUCUCAUAUUCAGUGUCUCUACUGGAAAGCUUAGUGUGGAGUACUGCUAACUCUUAUAUUCAGUGUCUCUACUGGAAAGCUUAGUGUGGAGUACCGCUAACUCUCAUAUUCAGUGUCUCUACUGGAAAGCUUAGUGUGGAGUACUGAUAACUCUCAUAUUCAGUGUCUCUACUGGAAAGCUUAGUGUGGAGUACUGCUAACUUUCAUAUUCAGUGUCUCUACUGGAAAGCUUAGUGUGGAGUACUGCUAACUCUCAUAUUCAGUGUCUCUACUGGAAAGCUUAGUGUGGAGUACUGCUAACUCUCAUAUUCAGUGUCUCUACUGGAAAGCUUAGUGUGGAGUACCGCUAACUCUCAUAUUCAGUGUCUCUACUGGAAAGCUUAGUGUGGAGUACUGAUAACUCUCAUAUUCAGUGUCUCUGCUGGAAAGCUUAGUGUGGAGUACUGCUAACUCUCAUAUUCAGUGUCUCUACUGGAAAGCUUAGUGUGGAGUACCGCUAACUCUCAUAUUCAGUGUCUCUACUGGAAAGCUUAGUGUGGAGUACUGAUAACUCGCAUAUUCAGUGUCUCUACUGGAAAGCUUAGUGUGGAG